GGUAUAAAUACGCUUGAAUUUUUCUUAUCAUUCACCUCCUGUGGUCUCCUGAAAAAGCCGCCAUGUUGCUGGUUGUCUCUUUGACCCUGCUUGUGACCGUUACUCUGGCGCAACUGCCACACCCUUGCAGAAGCCCUGAGCAGUUCGAAGGCCGUCUUUCUUCAUUUGACCCGGACAAGAGAUUUUUCUCUAAAGCCCGUUUCGCCUAUGACGACAGACAGAGAAGGUUCCGUGAGUUCGAGGAGGUUCAAGUGGGCCGGGACGUCGACUACUUCGACAAACUCUACCUUUACAACGAGGGCAAAGAAUACAGAGUUAACAUCCGUACCCGCACGUGCAAUGUGACCGGGCUGACCCGCCCCUGGAUUCCAUUCGGCGUCCCCGCAGAUGCCAGGUUCAGGGGAACUGCUGACAUCGGUGCUGCUGGCGUUCCCGAUGAACACGUCAUCGUCAACCUCUUCGACGGCAAAUUUAAUAACAAUCCCUACUUCAUGACGGUCAGCGGAACGGACUGUAUCCCUAUCCAAUCAGGAUUUUACAGCAACGACACUGGGGGUAUCCUCACAGAUUUCUACGAUAUCUCCCUCGGUAUUUCUGACCCAGAUGCUUUCAUACCACCCAGUGAAUGCUCCUCCUAAACAUCAGGACUACAUGUUUGUAACCAUUCAGUGUAUUUUGUACAAUAAAACAUUAUUGUGAUAUAA